AUGGGGCAGAACCAAACGAGGUAAGUACCGCGAGAAGUUUCACAACAUAUCAAGUGACACCUCCGUCGAAAUUUAGCUUUAAAUCCUCGGAGUGGACCCGAUGGAUUCGUCGCUUUGAGCGAUUCAGAAUUGCGACAGAACUCGACAAGAAAGAGGAAGCCAAACAAGUCAACGCGCUGAUAUAUACUAUGGGCGACGUGGCAGAUGACAUAAUAACAUCGUUUGGUCUCAGCGAACAAGAAAUGAAAAGCUACGAAACAGUUCGAGACAAGUUCGAAAAUCACUUCAUCGCCAAACGAAACGUUAUUUUUGAAAGAGCAAAGUUCAACGUUCGAAUUCAAGAGGAAAACGAACCUGUCGAAAGUUUUAUUACCGACCUGCAUUGUCUUGCAAAGUAUUGCGAAUUUGGCGUAUUAUAG